AUGGCUUCGAACAAAGACCAAAAGAUCCUUCUCCCAUUGAAACUCGAUGCCUUUGUUUUCAACAGGCCCGUCUUUAAUGCUGAGGAUGGCGGCCACUCUGGCUGCAGCCCUCUCAAUAUGGAGGGCCCGAGAGACCCCGGGAAAGACAAGCCGGUGUUCGCCAAAAUGGCACCCAUCAUGCAGCCCAACUACACCUUUCUACGGCUCGACACCGACUACAUCCAGAGCGACAUCCUCGAUCCUAUAGAUUUGCAUGACUCCUGGCCCGCUGACUUCAACUCGCGCUUCACUGACCUUGGCAUCGACGAAGCAAGAGUCCGCCGCCAGGGCGUCUACUUGCACUGGACCCUCCCCGUUUGUACCCACCUCGAGGAGAACGGCGACAAGGAUAAGGGCGAAGUCGACCCAAGUGUUCCAGCCUUUCCAAGCGUGCCUAAUCGUUGGCUUGUCAUCAGGCACAUCGCGGACCCCAAGACCAUCCAGCCUGAGGUUGCAAGGCCGCACGUUCCCGAGUUUGAUGCCUGGGUCGUCGAAAGCGACUACCUGCAGGACCUCGAGCAGCUCGGGCCCGAGGUUGACCUCCAGGUAGAUGUCUCACCCUUCAUCAGCGCCGAGGGUGGUGCGGAUGUCGACCUCAGCAAGCAGGCCGAAGUCUUUAUUGGCCGCAAAACGCAGCUGGCACAGUGGAAGGAAACGAAGAACGAUACCAAAAUCAGGCGGAUCAAGCAGUUUAGCCUGCUCGCGUCGUCCAACCAACUCUUUGCCGACUACCAGCCUCACUGCUCCAACGUCUUCUCCAUCGUUGAUAAUUUCGAGAUGGCAUGCUGCCGAGGGGAGGACAUGUUCUAUGGCGACCCAAAGAAGCAAACCAUGACUAGGCAGGCACGCCUCAAUGAUCUGAAGCUGCGCAUCAAACUGGACGAGGAUUUGGAUGAGGACAAGCGCCGUCAGCCGAACGUUCUGUUCGAAGGCUGGCUCCAGGCCAUACAGUCGACACACACGCUGUGCCACGGGGCCAUGUAUAAUGUGCGCUGGAAGAGUGCCGCGAAACCGUGCCACGUGCCUGCAGACAUUUCAAGCAAACAAAUCAAUAGCGUCCUCCCGCUGUCGGUAGGCACUACGCCUAUGGAUGCCCUGUUGGCCUACGCGCGCGCUCACCAAGACAUUGACACCAAAGAGCUCGGGCGCCUGGAGGAGCUUAUCCUCGGGCUGGAAACGCAUCUUCUCGCGCGCGACGAUGGUGUCGAAACGCAGCAACAAGCGCGCGAUUUGCUUUACAACUGGAAUUACGUUCGAGCCGACGGUGGCCAGGCGUGGAAUAUUUCAGGCAAGACGACCAAGGAGUCGGGAGCGGCACGACCGGACCCGGGCUUGCUGGGUGAUCUACGGACGCUAAACAGGGAGCAGCAACUUAUGGAUGCGAUACAUCGCACAACGACCCGCCUACGGUGGGACCUGUUUUCUGAGUGGUGGCGGUACGUGACCGACCGGAACCUUACGGGCGACAAUAAAGCAGACGAAAAGCAAGACCGGAUCGUCAAGGCUCGCGUCAACGACUUGGGUAAUCGAAUUGAUGCACUUGACUUGCGAGCCAAAGCCUGCCAGACCACGAUUUCCCAGUUAUCCAAGGGCGAGCAUAUGCAGCCCGGCGCCAAGCCUGCCUUUUACCAGCAGCGUGACCCAACCUUGGUGGUCGGGGGCGUUAGUUCCGGAUGGCCUCAUGACUACCUCGACACUCUGCAAGUCCGCAUCGACUCGCAAAUCGUGGCAGCCGAAGACCCAGACAUACCAAGGUGGCAGGGAUUUACGGAUACACUCCUGCCGAAGCUCCCUGAGAAGUUGCGUACCACCAUUAAGCGUCUCGUUUCCGAGUUUACGAGCCUAAGUCGAGUCACGCAGCCGCAAGAGCCUGCGCUGACGGGUGUACAACAGCUUCCGCUGUUCCAUGAUGAUCUGGCGGGCGCCAAACUCAAGGGAGCGUGGCGGGAUCGGUGGAACGACACACAGGCGUGGUUUCCACUAUUUCUCGAAUGGCAGGUUGAGUACUUUCAUGUGCCGUAUGAUAAGUGGACUCUCGAAAGCCGUGGAAGCCGCACGAGUACCGUCUCCCAAUUGCGAUAUGGCAUCCCGGCGUCCACCGAUCUCGCGGGCGACUUUUCGCUCGAAGCCAAAAUCAAACAGCUCUUUGCAUCUACGCCUUCCGACAAGCUCAAUGAAAAGGACGGCAAGACGUUCCCGGAUGGCCCCACGCGUGACGAGCUACAGCGCGAUCUGCACAAGCUUGCCUUCCUUUCGGCGCCGCUCGCCGGGCUCACGGCACACCUCACCACAGUCCUGCAAGGCAGCCACAUCAAGCCCAACUUGCGCCACGGGACCACGGGCAACGUGGAACCUAUCUCGCAGGCAGAGCGAGAGCAAGCCGGGUUUGACCGUGCGCAGCUCAAGCGCAUUGGGGCCGAGACGGACAGUACCCCUUUUGGGACGGAGAAGAAGACGUCGACAACCGGCCACCCUCUGUUCAAGCCGGCAACCCACGGGCAAUUCCGCUUCACGCGGCUCAACAUCAUUGACAAGUUUGGACAGGCCAUUCACGCCAUCGACCCGACACCGGCUGAACACCCGCAAAAGGUGUGGCCAUGCAUUGGGGAGUGGAACGCGCCGCAGAUCUGGGGCGGCGACCCGGCCCAGCGCGCUCCCAAUGUAAUCGAGCGCGAGCUGCCGAGUACCGCAGGCGGGGGCUCCGAUCCAAAGGAGGAAAAGCCCAAGAAAGAGAAGCCAGAACGGUGCGAAUUCGUGCAGAUCCCGCCCCAAAUCAACCAGCUCUCCCGCCUAAACUCGGUCUUUGUCAAGCCCAACAACUCUACGGCUGGUGGCGCAUCACUUUGGAAGCCGGCGGACGAUUGGGAGAACCCCAUAUGGGGGUGGGUUUUGAUCAACUACGCCAAUCUGGGAAUCCAACUCUUCCAGGCCGACGGCAGCUUCUACCGUGAGAUCCGCAUGGCCGGCCCCACAGGGGCACAGACGGGACCAGAGUGGCUGCCGUUUCCGCCGCCGACAGAGCGGCUCGGGGACGACAUUUUCCUCCGCGCCUUCUGGGACGUGCUUGUAGCGGCGGCAGAUCACAUGCUGCCUGCACCAGAUUCGUACGCGGGGUUCGCCAACGCCCUGUCUGUCGGCGACCUGGAUCCGGAUUGGGUACUUCUCGCACCGCGCAAGCCAAGUGGUGGGAAUACCGGCGGCAAAUCAGAGCCGGAGCCAACUCCGGAUCCUAAUAGAUAUGCGUUCCCCGUGCGACUAGGCGACGACGAGCGCGGCUUUGACGGGCUAGUGGGUUACUUCCCAUGCCGCAGGGACCUUGGCAAGGAAGCAAAGGUGAAGGACCUCGGCCUCGACCUUUCUACCCUGUCUUCGCACUAUGCGCCAGCCGCCACCGCGUCUGAAACGCCAGCACCCGUGACUCGGCCAGCGCACAUUUCCCUGCCCGCCUUCUGGGAGAGCCCCGAAGGUGUUGCGCGCACAGCUGACGCUUACGCUGAAGCCCGCAACGGGCACUUGGCCCCGGUGCGCGAACUGUCCUUGCCGGCAUGGACGUGGCAGGACGCCAUGGCCCGUAUGAAGGCGUUUUUCCACGCCGGGCCCCUUGUGGUCGCCGCCGACGUACCCAAGGCCAUCAUCUCUGGGCGCCAGCUACAACCGGGAACACCCGUAGUCGUACCCAAGAUCGACGACGCUGUAAAACCUGUAAAAUUGCCCGCGGUGGCCGGAGGGGAUUGGGCGUGGCUGCAGCCGUACAUGGAAGAGGACAAAGCGGAGAAAGAUCCUGGUAGCAAGGCUGACUCUCCCGGCGGCGGCGGCGGUGGCGGCGACGAAACCUCGGUAGUGGAGAAGUUUAUGCCCCUGCCGGUGGAGGUGAGCGAUGAAAGGGCGCGCUUUGAGAGUGGCCCUUACACGGCACUGGAAGGCGGUGGCGAGAAGAAUAGCGGACCUUGCAAGGACGAGCAUUAG